AUGACUAAUAAGCCUUUAAAUCUAAAAAGAGCGGGUCUUAUUGACGACCGUGUCGAGAAAUUGGCCCAGGACAUACGCUAUGCCUAUGAGGGUGAGACGGUGCAUCUGCUUUGUGUGCUCAAAGGUGGCAGUGCUUUCUUCAACGCACUCGUAGAGAAGCUACGAUUGUUUCACAAGUACAAUAAAUGUGACUACGUGCCCUUUACAUUUGACUUUAUCACUGUGAAAAGCUAUGUGGGUACCAAGAGCACGGGCAACGUGCAAGUCACGGGUGCUGACGUGGCCAAAUACAAGGACAAGAAUCUGUUGCUCGUCGAAGACAUUAUCGACACAGGCAAAACAAUGGCUAAACUUGUACCGAUGCUCACCGAGUACGAACCCAAAUCGGUGCGUUGUGCCAGUCUCUUAGAGAAACGAAACCCAGACAGCUGCGGCUUCCAGCCUGACUUUGUAGGCUUCAACAUCCCAGACAAAUUUGUGAUCGGCUACUGUCUUGACUACAACGAGAUCUUUCGUGAUCUAGACCACAUUUGUAUCAUUAAUGACGUGGGCAUUGUCAAGUAUGCGUCCAGUUCAUAG